UUUUAUCAAUAAAUUCGAUUGCAGUGUUUGCGGGGUGAAACGUAUCAACUAAUAUAAGGGGUGUAACUCUAAGCAGUUUUUAUCCAAAUCAGGCGCAAAGUGAAACAAUUCAAACAUUUGUUUACUUUGCCAGAAACAGUGGAGCACGAUAAAUCGUGUCUUGUGGGUAAAACAGUAUUUAAUUUCGGGCUUGUGAAUCAUCGAGAAACAACACAUCUUUCCAGAGGGUGUUUCUUCUAGGAUUUAGUUUUGUUGAAGUGUUGCAAGCGCUACGUGUUGGGAAAUGUCGAGCAAAAUCGAAGAAGCGCAGGAGCAUAUUCGUCAAGCCGAAAAAUGUUUGAAAACAUCCCUGCUCAAAUGGCGACCCGAUUACGACAAUGCUGCCGAGGAAUACAACAAAGCAGCCACCUGCUUCCGCAAUGCAAAAUCGUUGGACCAGUGUCGCGAUUGUCUGAUCAAAUCGUCCGACUGCCAUCGUCAAAAUCGAGCGUUAUUCCAUGCAGCAAAAUGCUUCGACCAGGCUAUAUUGAUAAGUAAGGAGAUGAAUAAACUCGGUGAUAUUCGGGGGCUCGCCGAAAGGGCGUGUAAUCUGUAUCAACAGCACGGUUCACCGGAAUCGGGCGCAACCGUACUGGAUAAGGCAGCCAAAAUACUUGAACAGUCACAUCCAGAGGAUGCGCUGCAGUUGUUCAAGCAGGCCGUCGAUGUUGUUACGAUCGAAGAUUCAACGCGCCAAGGUGCGGAGUAUGCUAGCAAGGUAUCGCGAAUUAUGGUCAAGCUCGGCAUGUAUGAUCAAGCAGCGGAUGCUAUAAGGCGUGAAAUCGGAUUGCUCCAGCAAGUUGGUUCCGACAGUGCAAUCGGACGCCUCGCAGUGGCUCUUGUGCUCGUACAGUUGGCCCGUGGUGAUUACGUUGCGGCCGAGAAGGCUUUCAAAGAGUGGGGCAAUUGUUGCGAUGCGGCUGAAGUGCAAACGUUGGAAUCUUUAUUGCAGGCGUAUGACGAUGAGGAUCCGGAACUGGCUCAGCGUGCCCUUUCGUCUCCUUUCAUCCGGCACAUGGACAUCGAGUACGCUCGGUUGGCCCGAGAUCUGCCAUUACCGAAGGGUAUGGCCAUUGCUCCCAAGGCGAACGUUAUCGAAAAUGCCGCUGCAUCGUACGUUUCUCCAAACAGUGGUGCUGCGAUUGAUGCCUCCAAGCCGGUCGCCGGUCCGGCUGGAGACGACGAAGAGGACGGCGGCCUAUGUUAGUUUGCAAUACGUCCAAGCGUCACCACAUGUCCAGCAAGAGUAUUUCACUCGUGCGUUAAGAGUUGUGUGAUAAGAUUGGUUCUAUUAAUAUUAUCAUCACUAUAAGUAUGAUUACUUUAUAAGAGUAAAUGAAAUUGAUUGCUAAACCAUUGCGGUUAAAUCAUUGCCACCAUGCAAGCUUCUUUAGGUACUCUUAAUGUAAAGAAUAGUAACGUUUCAAGGUAAAACACAUUACCAAUAUGUAUGUAGUUUAUGCAAUAUCUUUGAAAAUAGUUUGUUCGUUUUUAAGAGAUUCUAUUCCUUAAACCUUAAGCCAUUCGAUCACAUAGCUGCUCUGAAUAGCUUAGAGCUUUAAUGAUCCGAUAGGAAAGGUAUAUAUUGUAAGUUGUUGAAAAUUGCACGUCAAACUAUGUAUAGACUGAUUUUUUAAAUUGCUUUGGUUCGUAUUUAUAGUUAAUGCUUUUGGCGUCCGGUAUGUUAACAUGUUCUGGUAAACAUUGACGAUACAUGACGAUUGAUUUUUCUUUUGCUUCACUGGUGGGAAGCUGGCAGCUAUCAAAAUCAGCAAGAAACAUAAGCAACCAAAAAAGUAAUAUGAUAAAUUUAAACAAAUAAAAUAAAAAAAUUCCAACUAUCUCUAUCGGCCACUGUACUAUGUAAGUAAAGCUUCACGAUUUUGAUGAUUUCGGUUGUCGACUUUCAACCUCCAGCCUCACCGGUUAUCACGAGAAUCAUAAAUCAAUGAUCGCAUCUAAUACUGAGCUAACAGUUCGCUAUACGCUGAAAUCAAGAAGUUGUUAAUCAAAUAAAAAAAAGAAAAACAAACCAUUCAUUCGCCUACAUUUUCAUAUUUAUGCACUACAACAAGUUGUAACUUAAUUGUAAGGCUAGUAAGGUGGAAGCAUGCAGCUGUGUGGAAUAAAGGCUAUUUAGAAAGGCUUCGACAUUGCCUCUCGGUAGAAAACAUAUUUCAAGCUUCCACAGUAGCGAACAAAUUUGGCAAUUAGGUGAUGGACCCACCACAAGACCCACAUCAGCAUGCAAGGUACUCUUAAUAUAUCCUCUAUCUAGUCGAAAGAUUGAUGAACUUAUCAAUUAUAAAUAGAUAGGACGAUCAUGCACAUUGCAAGAUGAAAAUUACACUAUUAUCAAACAAUCUGAAGAAUUUGAGCUAGACCUUUCCCUCACAAGAGUAUAUAUAACAAAGGAAAAAAGUACACAUUAUUAAAAAACAUAGGGAACUACUAUCCGCGUUGUUCGUUCAGGAAUAACUUAAAACAACAUUGUAAGUGAAAGGAUUGGCUGGAAAUAAUUUGUGGGCUAGUGACAAAUCUUGUGCUAAAACUUUCGUACAGUUAUAAAAUCUAAUAGCUUCGAAGGAUGUUGCGCAUUGAAAAGAAGUUACUAACAAGCGAUAUGAAGUGCAAUAGAUAAUCUGGUUGAAAUUCAAUGAAUGGUUUUAUUUUUAAUUAAGGAGAAUUUUCCAUUGAGUACAUCCUCUUCAAACGAUAUGCAGGACGGUAAGUAAUGAAACUCAGAUCAGAGAUUCUGAAAUCAAACGUAGUGAAGGUGCGUGAAAACAAAUUAGUUUUACCUCCAAGACAUCAUUUACUCAUUCAAACUGUGUUAUUCACAUUCAACAAUCCGAUUUCCAGCAAACCCCCCGCAAGGUACCUGGUUGAUUUUAAAGAUUAUGUAAAAAGCUGAAGUCGCUGAAACGUUGAAUUAUCGAGAGGGUAGAACAAAGGCAGUGGUAGAUUAUUUUAAGCAAAUUAUAUGUCGAAUAACCGCAGCAUGAUUGAGAAAGGGAAAAAUACCUAACAGAGAAACAAGUUAAAUGAGCAAAUUCGAACGUACCCGUAGCGUUUAAGAGAAACACACACAAAUCAGCUCCUGACAUAUUGUGGAAUGAAGUAUAAUGAAUAAAAGCAGAUUUAAUGUGCGUAUUGUUGCU